CUUGUGCUUCUUGGCAGUCUCUGAGGCGCUGUAAACCCUAGGGAUAUCCUCAACGCAGACAAGAAUACUGUGACACUAUUGCCAGGAGUGUCGAUAUUUCGUUUGUACGAAAAAUAACGGGGAUAACUCAGAAUUGGCAGAGCAAUGGCCCUUGUCUCUAACCUCGACAAGACCAAAGUUAUUGCGGCAACGGAGCAUUGCGCGGAGGAUGGUAACCCUCAAGCAAUGCAGUGUCCCACUUACUGGAGCUCGAACUGUCAGCCAGGUUAUCACAGAGUUGGCAGUUUAUGUCGAUAGGGAUAAUGGUAAACCUGAAUUGACGGAACUGCUGGAGGGGGGCAACGCUCGAAGAAGUAAAGGCGAGGAUAGGAAGGCCGAUUACAAUUACAGUAGCCUGUGAUAACGUUUGGC